AUGAAAAAAAAUCUAGAUCGAGUCACAUUUGACCCCUACCCUCUCGAUUUCCGUUGAAUCGUGUGUUCAACGCCGACUGGUGCGUCUUAAUUUACAGCAAAAAUGGCUAUUACCAUCACUGAAAUAAAGAAGUUGAGGGUAGCCGAUUUAAGAACAAGAUUAUCAGAGCUUGGCCUGUCUAUAAAUGGAUUAAAAGCAGAGCUUGUGGAUAGAUUGUACUCUUAUUAUCAACAACAAAGUAUAGAAGAGCAGCAACAACAACAUGGCAGCCAACUUGGAGCCCAGCAUGAUGAGUUUGCCAACAUGUUCCAAGCAGACAGGAUGGGAGAACCCCCUUCUUUACAUUCCCCUCCAAUCCAACCACCCAGAAUGGAUUUUGUACAGGCAUCCAAUGAACCCCAAUCAUUCCCCCAACAGACACCACCACCACAGCAGCAGAGCAUGCAGAUGCCUUCUUUAGCCCACAUGCAAGCGCCCCAGAUGCAUUCAUCGCAAAUGCAGCCUCAGAUGCAGCAGCCCUCGAUGCAUUCCCAGCAGAUGCAGCAGCAGCAGCAUCCACAGAUGCAGCGUUCUCAAAUGCAACAUCCCUCCAUGCAGUCGCCUCAUAUGCAUUCUUCCCAAAUGCAACCCCCUGCAAUGCAUUCUUCCCAGUUGCAGCUUCCCCCCAUGCAGCCCCAACAAAUGCAGGCCCGUGGGAUGGAGCUCCCUCAGAUGCAGCCCUCACAGAUGCAGUCCCUUCAAAUGGAGCCCCCACAGUUGCAGCCCCUUCAAAUGGAGCCCCCGCAAUUGCAGCCCCUUCAAAUGGACCCCCCUCAAAUGCAAUCACGUCAAAUGGACCCCCCUCAAAUGCAGUCACUUCAAAUGGACCCCCCUCAAAUGCAGUCCCUUCAAAUGGACCCCCCUCAAAUGCAGUCACUUCAAAUGGACCCCCCUCAUCUGCGGCCUCCUCAAAUGCAAUCUAGGAUGGAACCUCAUCAAAGACAACCCCCUCAAAUGGAACCCCCUCAGAUGGACCCCCCUCAAAUGCAAUCCCAUCGAAUGGAAGCAUCUCAAAUGCAGUCUCAUCGAAUGGAAUCUUCUCAAAUGCAGUCUCAGCGAAUGGAGCCGCCACAAAUAGAAUCCCCUCAAAUGCUGUCUCGUCCAAUGGAGCCUCCUCAGCUUCAGCCACACCAAAUGGAGCGUCCUCCAAUGCAGUCUCAUCAGAUGGAAUCCCCUGCUAUUCCCUCCUCCCAAAGGAAUACCUCCUCCAUGCAGAUGUCUCAAAUGCAGUCACAUCAUAUGCAGCCUGAAAUUCAGCAACCUCGGGCGCAGCCUCCGCCCAUCCAGUCUACUCAGAUGCCACAGUCUCAGUUGCAGCCUCCUCCUGUACCACCAGUACAGCCUCCUUCCAUGCAUUCAACUUCCUUCCAGCCACCUCCGGCACCUUUUCAUAGAUCCGACUCUCCACCACCCAUCAUGCAGAACCAACAGGCAUUCCCCCCUCCUCCACCGCAACCUCCAAAACCUCCACACUUGCUUCUACAAGGUGAGCAGACAUCGACAAAUAUGCCCACUCAGCAACCACCUACAAUGCCAAUCCCUCCACCUCCAGCACCCCCAACCCAGUCACCAGUAAGUUCCCAGCCACCCUCUUUAGAGCCACCUAAUCUACCCAUGCAAUUGCCUAACUUGGGGGCAAUGCAACCCCCUCCUAUUCCCCCACCACCACCACCACCUAUGUCAUUAGCCCAGAUGCCAGCCCCUCCACCCGUGAUGCCAGCCGAUACUGCAACAACUCCAAAGCACAUGACGGGGGUGGAGAUGAUGGAGAUACGACAUGUGCAGGUGCGGGAGAAGCAAGAAAGAGAGAAAGCAGAGGUUGCUGAAGUCGCUCGUAUUGCGGAAGAACAGCAAGAGCUGAUUGAGAGGGAGAAGCAGAGGAUCCUUCAACAACAACAGGAGCGUAUAAGACAGAGACAGGAGCAGCAGAGACUGGAGGAUGAACAGAAGAUGCAGAAAGCUAUGCAGCAGCAGAAGAUGUUAGAAGAACAACGCAAGGCUAGAGAACUUGAUGAAGAGACAAGACAGAAAGUCGUCCAACAACAGAUCCUCAUAGAGCAUCAGCGGGUUGUAGAGGAAACCAUGAAAGAAGCAGAUCUCCUUCGGGAUCAACAAAGGGCACUAGCUGUUCAAAGAGAAGAGGAAGUCAAGAUCAGGAAACAACAAGAAAUGCUGGAGAUCGAGGCUGCACAACACAGGGAGCAACAGCAAAAAGCCAAUAUGAGUGGGUUACUACCCAUCCCAACCUCUGGGGCUCCAAGCCAGCCUCGUAUGCAGCCAGAGAUGGAAAGGCCACCUCGCCCCCCUGGACGACGAGAGACGCCGGUGGGCCAGGGCAUCCGAGGACCAAGGCCAGGGUUUCAACCGGGUCCUAUGGAUCGCAGGGGACCGCACGAGAGGCAUCGGAUGCCGCUGCGUGAUGGCAGGGGACCAGGACACGACUCCAGGCCCAUGAUGGGAAGGGACCGAUUUGAGAGGAUGCCUCCUCAUCUGAUGAUGGACAAGGGGCAUCCGCCACCUCUCUUAGAUGAUGGCGGGCUUUCAAAGAUGGAUGAUGAUCUAGCUAAGGACAUCAAAGUCCCACAAGCCAUGGAGAAGGUGUUUGCUUUCAAGGAUAAGCGAGCCCAGCAGAUUGGAUCAAACAUCGAUGAAGCUGUUAAAGACGAGUUCCUCCCACCAGCAGAAGACGAGGUAUCUGAUGAUGACGCUGAUAAUGAAGAGGAAGAAGAAGAGGAGGAACAGGAGGAAAAGCAGAAAAAAAAGAUCCAGUCCAAUAAUCAGAAAAUGUCAAAGAAUAGACGGAGGAAGCUGAAGAAGAAAAAGAGGAAAGCGGCAAAGCGGGCAGAGAAGGAAGAAGCUGUAGCGGAGAAUAGACUAAAGAAGGAGGACGAAGAGAAGAAAGGCAAGAAGAAGGAAGAAAAGGUGGAAGUGGAAUAUGUCCCGGAGAAGAUUGAAGUAGUUGAUCCAGCAUUCAGACAGUUCCAACGGAUAUUCCAAGCAUUCCAGCUCUCUGAACCGAUGAAGCCGGAAGUGAAGGAGCCAGAAAAGGAGACACCUAAACCUGAGAAGCAGAAAGAGAAGGAUAAAGAUUCUGAUGAGGAUUCCGAUGAUGAUAGUGACAUGGAGGAAGAAGAUGAUGGAAAGCCCAAGAUUUCCAAGAAGAAGUUGCGUAAGCUGAACCGUCUGAGUGUCGCUGAGCUGAAGCAACUGGUUACCAGACCGGAUGUCGUUGAGAUGCACGAUGUCACCGCUAGGGAUCCUAAACUUCUUGUCUACCUCAAGGCAUAUAGGAAUACAGUAGGCGUACCAAGGCAUUGGUGUUUCAAGCGCAAGUAUUUACAGGGUAAGAGAGGGAUCAUCAAACCACCCUUUGAACUGCCAGAGUUCAUCCAAAGGACAGGCAUCAUGGAAAUGAGACAGGCCCUUCAGGAAAAGGAAGAACAACAAACGAUGAAGACAAAGAUGCGACAGAAAGUUCGCCCUAAGAUGGGCAAGAUUGACAUUGAUUACCAGAAACUCCACGAUGCCUUCUUCAGAUGGCAGACAAAGCCCAAGCUGACCAUUCACGGUGACCUGUACUAUGAAGGGAAAGAAUUUGAAACCAAACUAAAAGAGAAGAAACCGGGCGAGCUUAGUGAGGAGCUGAGGACAGCUCUUGGCAUGCCAACGGGGGCUAAUGCUGACAAGUACCCCCCACCCUGGUUGAUUGCCAUGCAACGGUAUGGACCCCCGCCCUCAUAUCCUCAUCUAAAGAUUCAGGGACUCAAUGCCCCUAUCCCUGAGAGUUGUUCAUUUGGUUAUCAUGCUGGAGGUUGGGGGAAACCCCCUGUUGAUCAGAGUGGUAAACCUCUCUAUGGAAAUGUCUUUGGCACAGAUGCAGCUGACCUCAAGGCUGAGGAAGAAGAAGAGAUGGACAGAACGAGAUGGGGAGAGUUGGAGAGUGAAUCUGAAGAGUCAUCAUCAGAGGAGGAGAGUGAAGAAGAGAGAGAGCCUGGAGAGAUAGAUGAAACUGGUCUUAUUACUCCUGCCGAUGGUGGUUUGAUCACACCGAGCGGCCUGACCUCUAUCCCUACUGGUAUGGAGACACCAGACAUGAUAGAGCUACGUAAGAAGAAGAUAGAAGACGCCAUGGAGCAGGGCGCCGAGACUCCUCAGUUGUACACCGUUAUCCAAGAGAAGAAGACCAACGUUGGAGCUGCCAUGGUUGGCUCUACUCACGUGUAUGACCUUCCUCCAGCUGGUGUGAAGAAACCAACAGGAACAGCCAGUGAAGGAGUAGCUAUUGCCUUGGAUCCAAGCGAGUUGGACAUGGACACAGAAGCUAUGACAGCCAAGUACGAGGAGCAAGUCAGAGAACAACAGAGCCAACUUGAGAAGGAAGACUUCAGUGACAUGGUAGCUGAACAUGCCGCGAAACAAAAGAACAAGCGUAAGAAGCAGACUCAGGACAGUGGAAGGGCCCCCAAGAAAUACAAGGAAUUCAAAUUCUGAUUCAUACACAUUGAAAUGUCUCGUAUGUAUAUAAGGCUAUCUGAAACAUUUCUUUAUUUUCAGUGAGUCAUUUGUAAAUAUGGUACACAAAUAACAUCCGCUUGAUUUUUUUUUUUUUAACAGGUUACAUGUAAAUGGCAGUACUUUAAUUCAGUGAAAUCAAUUUAAUAAAUAUGUAAGAUACAUGAUGAUAAAUACAAAGAAAAGUGGUAUCUUUCUCUUUGAUUGAGAUUUUUAAGAAUUUUGCAAGAGAUUAUUGUCCAAAAAUGACCCAAAUUUUAAUCAUGUGUGGUAUAAGACAUCAUGCUCUUUAUAUGCUAAAAAUGGAAUUUCACUCCGAUGACAAAUUGUUUUUAAUAAGAAACAAAAAGUUGGAGAAAAAUACCGGUGAAAUUUUCAUUAAGAUCCAUCAAAGAACAAGAGUUGUGAAUCUUAUAUGGAAGAACUGCUCGUCUGUUAUGUCACAAAAUCAAAAUUUGAAAUUUCAUAACUGCAUACAUGUAUGUCAUCAAAACUUCAAUAUUUGCUUGAAGUUUUCUUUUAUUAAAACCAACUUGUUAGGGUGAACUUCCCCUUUACUGAGUGUUUAUAUAUAAAAAGGGUGAUAUUAAGUUUGAUGACCUUUUGGUGUUGGUAUUAGGUAUAAAUUUUUAUGUUGGCACAGCACCAAACUUCAAAUGAAACUGGCCCUGUGACGAAUCUCACUUUGAGCUAUCAGUUAUGUGAUUUGGAUCAUAGAUUUAGAUCAUAUUUGUAAACUCAAAUUGUUCUUCUAUCCCCAAUACCAGCACUUGCGCUGAAAUUGAAAUCCCCCAAUAUGUUUUGCCAAAGUCCUGUGACACAUACUGUAUGUGAAAAAAUUUGGUUAAUCACUUCGUAUUGCCAAUCGAAUUGCUCAUCUUAAUUUGGGGAUGUUUAGGAGGGAAAAGCCGAGUUGUGGAAAAUUAUGUGAUCAUGUUGUGAAAGCAUAUAUGCAUUUUCUGGCCAAAUUCAACAAGUUGAGGAAGAAUAAUUUUGUUGCCUUUGGUCUGUCAAAGUUUUUGAUAAUUUAGAAGUUCUACUGUGAUAUGCUAGUACUUUUAACUUGAAAUAAAGCCAUUGUUAAAAAAAAAAAAGGGUCGAUUUCACUUGUUGAUUAAACUCAACUUCUUCAUGAAGACAAACUUUUACUCACACCUGGCCAAUUCACAUCAAUUUAACAAAAGCUCACGAAACCCAUUUCUUUAUCUCUGAAAAUACUUGAUAAUAUGGUAUAACAAAUAAAAAGGUUAUGGUGCCCUCAUUAACUGAUGUGCAACGAAAGGACAAAGUGCGAAGAGGGAUUUUUAUUGAUAGAUCAGUUCCUGAUAUUUGGUUGAAUUCAAUCAACCAAAAUCUGCAUAUUUGUCCUGUGCCUACAGAGAUAACUGUAAACCAUUAUUAAUCAUUAGAUUUUGUUGCCCAUUUCUACUCAGCUGAAAUGAUUUUGAAAGUUCCCCGUAUACCCCAACCUUUUGUCAGUGUAAUUUGUGGAUGACUAUGGCACACAAUGUAUGUAAGAAUAUUUGAAAGUAUUCAUUUCUUUUAAUAAAGAUUGCCAUUUCAUCAACAUGUAUCAAUGCGAGUUGGUUUGUUUUGUUGAUUUUUUUUGUGGUUAAAAACUGCAAUUUAAGUUUGUGAUUCACUGUAUGGAGGGGAACCUUGCAUGCGACGUAAAUUUUUGCCAAACCUCAAUCAUGUUUGUUUUCUUUUAUUGAAACCAACUUAACAUCACCCCAAUUUUUAUCCAUGUAAUUUGUGAAUGACUAUGACCCUCAAUGGUAGUAAGAAUAUUUGAAUGUAUUCUAAAAAUAAAGAUUGUCAUUUCAUCACAAUUUAUAUCUGUGAGUCUAUUUGAUUUAAGUUUAGUGCACCUGCUCCCAACACGUUUCUAAUAAAAGCGAAAUAAAAGAUCCAAACCAA